CCCAGGCUGGAGGGGAAGAUGGCGGCGGAGAGAGAGUCUUUACUAUUGGCGGGUGUAUGUUCCAUCGACUCUGAGGUGCUGGAGGAUGGCAAGAACAUCUUUGCUAGCCCCGUAUCUACCUUGGAGUCAAGUCCUUCAUCUCCAGAGCCAGCAAGUCUUCCUACAAAAGACCUCAGCACAAACUCUAAUGGUCCAAAGCCAGCAGAAAUCAUGCCAGAUGAUGAUAGAGAAGACUUCUUUGCUGAAGCUACGGAAGAAGUUUCAUUGGACAGUCCAGUGAGGGAUCCAGUGCUUUCACCAGAACCUACUCCUGGAAUCACUACUGUAACAUCUACUACAUUAGUAGCUCCCAGAAUGGAAUUGAAAAGUGUAACAGCCCCUGUGAUUUUUGAUAGAUACAGAGAAGAGAUUGAAGAGGAAGCAAAUGGAGAUUUGCUUGAUAUAGAAAUCAAUGUAUCAGACCCAGAGAAAGUUGGGGAUGGCAUGAAUGCUUAUAUGGCAUACAGAGUAACAACAAAGACAUCCCUUUCCAUAUUUCACAAAAAUGAGUUCUCUGUUAAAAGAAGAUUCAGUGAUUUUCUUGGCUUGCACAGCAAAUUAGCAAUGAAGUACAUACAUAUUGGUUACAUUGUGCCUCCCGCUCCAGAAAAAAGUAUUGUAGGCAUGACCAAGGUUAAAGUAGGCAAGGAAGAUUCUUCAUCUGCUGAAUUCAUAGAAAAAAGAAGAGCAGCAUUAGAAAGGUAUCUACAAAGAACAGUAAAGCACCCUACCUUGUUGCAGGAUCCAGAUUUAAGGCUAUUCUUGGAAAGUUCCGAGCUGCCUAGAGCUGUUAACACCCAGGCUCUGAGUGGAGCAGGAAUAUUGCGGAUGGUAAACAAGGCUGCUGAUGCUGUCAACAAAAUGACAAUUAAGAUGAAUGAAUCAGAUGCAUGGUUUGAAGAAAAACAACAGCAAUUUGAGAAUUUGGAUCAGCAAUUUAGGAAACUUCAUGCCAGUGUUGAAGCAUUAGUCUGCCACAAAAAAGAGCUUUCAGCCAACACAGCUGCCUUCGCUAAAAGUGCUGCCAUGUUAGGUAAUUCUGAGGACCACACUGCUCUAUCUAGAGCUUUGUCUCAACUUGCAGAGGUUGAGGAGAAGAUAGAUCAGUUGCAUCAAGAACAAGCUUUUGCUGAUUUUUAUGUGUUCUCAGAACUGCUUGGCGACUACAUUCGUCUUAUUGCUGCAGUAAAAGGUGUGUUUGAUCAUCGAAUGAAAUGCUGGCAGAAAUGGCAAGAUGCUCAGGUCACUUUACAAAAAAAACGUGAAGUUGAAGCAAAGUUCCAACUUGCCAACAGACCUGAUAAAUUGCAGCAAGCUAAAGAUGAUAUAAAAGAGUGGGAGACAAAAGUUCAGCAAGGGGAAAAAGAUUUUGAACAGAUCUCGAAAACCAUUCGUGAGGAAGUGCAAAGAUUUGAGAGGGAACGAUUGAAAGACUUUAAAACUGUUAUUAUCAAGUACUUAGAAUCGUUAGUGCAAACACAACAGCAGCUAAUAAAAUACUGGGAGGCAUUCCUACCUGAAGCUAAAUCCAUCACCUAAAGGAAGACUAUUCCAAAUAGCAAGAGACUCUGGCUGUUUCUCCUGGAUAAAAACUAAAUUCCACGCUGAAAUCACUUUAAAAUCAUUCAAAUAAACCACUACAUAUUUUAUGAAUUAACAUCUGGUGGUUUUAUAUAUCACAGCAUUUUAUUAACAAACUGCAUGUUGUGACCCUCUUCAAAGUAGACUGUGGCAUGAUGUUCUGCAACAUAUUGAUGAAUUGAACACUAUUGUAUCUUAAUACUUGCACCAAAAGCAGAUAUUUUUAUUCUUUACAAUACAAUGUUCUGUAGUAUGCUUACCUGAUCUUUGAAACAAAAUUAAUUGCAUUGAUUAAUGUUCACCUACACAUUCCUAGAGAAAAUCAUGUUUCUGUGAUUAUGAUAAUAAAGAAAUGUAUCUUCUGAAACAUUAUACUUUUAUUUUGUUUCUCUAGAUAUUUACUAGCAUUCUUAAAAGUAGCAUUUAAAACAGAUUGAGAUUAUAUCAGACAGUAACACAUAGAAUGGUUUGGGUUGGAAGGGAUCUUUUAGAGAUCACCUAGUGUCAUGGUUUAACCCCAGCUGGUAACUAAGUGCUAUGCAGCUUCUCACUCACUCACCCACCAUCUGGAUCAGGGAGAGAAUCAGAAAAGUGAGAAAACUUGUGAGUUGAGAUAAAGACAGUAUAAUGGGUAAAGCAAAAGCUGCACAUGCAAGCAAUGCAAAACAAGGAAUUCGUUCACUGCUUCCCAUGGGCAGGCAGGUGUUCAGCCAGCUCCAGAAAAGCAGGGUUUCAUCAUGCGUAAAGGUUACUUGGGAAGACAAAAUGCCAUUGUUGCAAUCCGAAAUAUGGAUAUCAGCAGAAAAGGAACUUAUAGGAUUAUGUAGCAGGCAGUGGACAGCAGGAGCUGGGAGAAACUCCUUAAUCUGAGGACCAGACAAGACCCAUUGAUAUUCAAACAUGUUGAUUAGCCUGUCUCCUGCAGCAGGAUAUGGAAAGACUUUGUGAUAAUACUCUCAGACCAUGUUGAAACCCCUUUGUUCUCUUCCCCCCCAUGUAAUCCUGGUUAUGGGAAAUGUUAACGAUUUUUUCCCCAUAUGUCAUCCUUGUUACUGGAAAUGCUAAUCAGUUGUGGAAUCCCCUAGUUGGCAUAACCCGGCCUCCCCGUUAGCAUGUUCUGCCCCCGAGACCAUUUCGCAUGUUCAAUAAAGCAUUCCAGUUUCUUCCCCCAAAUCCGGGAUCGUCUAGUUUUUGGACCUUUACACAUCAUAACUUCGAAUGUCCCCACACCUCCUUCUUCUUUCCCCCAGCUUUAUAUGCAGAGCAUGAUGCCAUAUGGUAUGGAAUAUCCCUUUGGUCAAUUGGGGUCAGCUGUCCUGGUUGUGUCUCCUCCCAAUUUCUUGUGCACCCCCAGCCUACUUGAUGUCGGGGCAGUACAAGAAGCUAUUGUGAAGAAAAUUAACUCUCUCCUAACCAAAACCAGCACACCUAGUCAAGCCCCUUGCAGUGCAUCAGUUAUCGUGCAUUGAGCAUGCCAGCAUCACAUAAUAUCAUUUGCUUGCGGAUGGGCCUGGCCUCAGCAGUCUGAGACAGAUUCUUUUGUAUCUGAUUCUUGGUCUUUGAUUUGUUCUGUCUCUAGUGCUAUCAGCGUAAGUUAAUUUUAAUCGUUUCUGAUAGUUUACUUGUGGAAUGUAAAGAAUGCACUACAGAUUGUGUCACAUGACUUUCUAUGACAUGUAACAUGGUAGAGGCCCUCAUGAUGGUGAUAGCCAAACAAAGAGUAUGGAAAAAUAAGAACCCUAUUUUGAGUGAUAUUUAAUUGCCCCUCUUCUCAACACCCUUAUGUGGAUAUCUUGGCUAACUCAACAGGUUCAAAAACUUAGCUGUUUAACAAAGCAAUGUUAUUUGUGCUUAAUAGUUGUUCACAAGUGGAAUAUAUACACAAAAAAACCAGUGACAUUGUUUCUCCCUAUUUAAAAGAAAAAGUACUCAAGAGAUGCAAAAAUAUUAAGUAAUCUCAAGGGACUAAACUGAAUUUGAUUAUU